AUGACGAAACGCUCGGAGUCACUAAAGAAAAAGGAAUAUGCCAUUGUAUCACCACAAGUGAGGCCACGCAGACACACAGCUGCUGCUGUCAAGUUUCCCCAGCCAAGUGUGGGGGUCUCACUUCCCAACUCAACACAGUCAAGUUUUCAGAACCAGAGUCCCACUCUGUCAGGGCAGUGUCAGUGCUGCCAUCAUGUGACCAGAAAGUUUGGAGAAUUCCAAACAGAACUUAAACAAUCAAAAUGUGAUCACGCUCUUACCCUCAGAGAUAGUCUGGUGGACCAACUCCAACAAGUACCCUUAACUCCUAAACCUGCCCCGGGUAAACCAAGGGCUGGAAUAGUGCCUUCUGCAGAUGCCUUGAAACACAGAAUGAUUGAACUUUCUCCAGGGUCACAAGUUUUUAUACACCGAGACCAAAGAGAUGCUGUCAUUGCUGCUGGAAGGACACCUGGAGGUCGUGACCUCAAUGGAGAAAAGAUGGCGGCAAAAUUGCUUCAUAUUUUCUUCACUGAAGAGGAUUUUGCUUAUAACAACAUGAAAGGGCCACAUGAAGUUAUUGUACAGGCUGUAACAGCAUUUUGCCUUGCCAGAAGUACCAAGUCUCCAGAGAAAGUCAGAGCAUCUAUGUUUGCUGAGCUAGCUUCCAUGCAGGAAUAA